GCAGAAAAAUGUGACAUUAAUCGUGCUGUAAAUGUAUUUGCCAGCCGACACCCAGCCGGAUCUGGUGUGCUGACGUGUCGGCUGCUUCAGCCCACUGCUCAUGCUCCGACACAAGACACUACCACUGCCAACAUGGCAGCAAAACACUUCUCCCGCCGGCGAUGCUUUUUCUUACUUUGCUUUCAUGUUUUAGCAGUCGCAGCUCUGGAAAAAAGGUUCUCCGACUUUAAACGAUGCGCCGAUGAGGAGUGCAGCAAUCUUCUGAUUCGAGGAAAAGCAACUGCAGAUUUUUCAGGACCAGAUUGCCGCUUCUUGUCAUUUAAGAAAUCGGAAACAGUUUUUGUAUACUAUAAAUUGUCAGGCAGAAGGGCUGAUAUGUGGGCGGGAAGUGUUGGGAGCCAUUUUGGGUAUUUUCCAAAGGAUCUUCUGGUUGUGAACCACAUUUAUACUCACAAAGAACUUGAAGUUCCAACCGAGGAAACAGAUUUUGUCUGUUUUGAAACAGGAUAUGAUAAAUUUGACAAUUAUGACAUAGAUUUGCUAUUAGGAUCUGCCAAAAUAAUGGUAGAGAAUGCUGAUAAAAAUACAGCCACAUCUGGCCACACCCAGAUGGCAGAAGCCACACUGAAUGAAUCGAAGUCUUCAGCAGGAGAAAAAACCCAAAGCAGAACUCGGAGUGACUUUUCCGAUAAGUCUGAGCCAUUAGAUGGGACCCCAGAUAGAGCACGUGCCUCUUUGUCUCAACUUGAUGUUGCAAGUGAAUCACUCACUACAGUAGCUCAGUCUGAUGCAGCAAUUGAAGGUGGUGUAGAAGACUUGAAUAAACAAAAAGCCUCCGAAGAAAUGGUUCUUAAAAAUGGUGAUGAAAAACAUGAAACCAUAGAUGACACCACAGUUCCGGAGGAACUUCUAGACAACGACAAUUCAGUAAAUGAAUCUUUCUCAGUUUCUGAACGGAUGCAAAUCCCUAAAUUAAAAACUACCCUUGGAACAACUUUUGAUGUCAUCUCAGAUGAUGGAAUCACUCGAAAAGUCACCCCAUAUGAAGAGGAGGAACGUGACCAGUUGGAAAACCAUCCUGAAGAAGACCAUGAUGUACAAAAGGGAACUCCACUACUGUCAUUCUUUGAACAAACAGCCGACACUACUCUCACUGCAAAAGAAACAGAGUCCAAUACUGGAACUGAAGAUGCAAGAGAAGAUGAAGAUAGUGAGCAAAAAAGCUCAGAAGUGGUUGAUAAAAAUUCUGAUCAGAUGGUUGAAACCAGCGAUUCCAAUGCAGUUCCUGAGGUGGAACUUCUGGACAAAGACAAUUUAGUAACUGAAAGAGUUUCUGUUUAUGAAGGCGCACAAAUCCCUAAAUUAAAGACUACCCUUGGAACAACUUUUGAUGCAGUCGUCACAGAUGAUGAAAUCACUCAAAAAGUUACUCCAUAUGAGGAGGAGGAAGGUGAACAAUUGGAAAGUCCUCCUGAAGAAGACAAUGAAGUACCAAAAGGGACACCACUACUGCCAUUCUUUAAAGAAACAGUUGAUAUUACACUCACUGAUCCUGCAAUUCCAGAUGCUAGAAAAGAUAAAGAUAAUGAGCAAGAAACCUCAGAAGAAGUGGUUGAUAAAAAUCAUUAUCAGAAGACUAAAACCAGCGAUACCAAUGCAGCUCCUAAGAAGCAAUUUCUGGACAAAGACAAUUUAGUGACUGAAAGAGUUUCUGUUUGCGAAGGUGUACAAAUCCCUAAAUUAAAGACUACCCUUGGAACAACCUUUGAUGCAGUCAUCACAGAUGAUGAAAUCACUCAAAAAGUUACUCCAUAUGAAGAGGAGGAAAGCAAACAAUUGGAAAGUCCACCUGAAGAAGACCAUGAAGUACCAAAAGGGACGCCACUACUGCCAUUCUUUGAAGAAACAGCUGAUAUUACACUCACUGAUCCGACAAUUGUGGAUGGUAGAAAAGAUGAAGAUAAUGAGCAAGAAACCUCAGAGGAAGUGGUUGAUAAAAUUAAUUAUCAGAAGAUUAAAACCAGCGAUACCAAUGCAGUUCCUGAAAAGCAAUUUCUGGACAAAGACAAUUUAGUAACUGAAAGAGUUUCUGUUUACGAAGGUGUACAAAUCCCUAAAUUAAAGACUACCCUUGGAACAACUUUUGAUGCAGUCGUCACAGAUGAUGAAAUCACUCAAAAAGUUACUCCAUAUGAAGAGGAGGAAAGCGAACAAUUGGAAAGUCCACCUGAAGAAGACCAUGAAGUACAGAAAGGAACCCCAUUACUGUCUUUCUUUGAGGAAAGGGCCAGUGCUCUAGUAUCUGAUUCCUUCAUAAAACAGGAUAAUCAGCAUGUUGAUGAAGCACAGACUAUAGAGGAUAAGAACACGGGGAUCUCACUUGAUGAAGCAAAGUCUUCAGUUAUAAGGGAGGGAGAGAAAACAACGGAAGACCCUGUUUUCAAAGACACUGAUGUCAAAGUUGAGGAAGACGUUUCUUCUGAAGCCUUUCAGAGUUUAGACGAAGUAAAGCACGACAUCCAGGUGGCACCCUUAGAAUACUCAAAAGUGCCAGAUGACAGAGAGCAAAUUGUCAAAGAUCCUCUUGCUGUUGGUCAGUCUGACAAAUUUGUGUUUGAUGAAACUGAUCGAGAAGUCACCAGGCAGCAAGAAUCUCAGAAAGCUCAAGAAGCUUUAAAAGCCACUGAUAAGCAAAUGUACCAUAAAGCGGGGAUGAGUACAUCAGUUGAUUCUGCAUUGCAAGAUGAUAGCUCAGCCAAACUUCAGAAUGAAAGCUUAGACACUGAAACAACAGAUGAGUCCACAGAGGAAGAUGUCUCCAAAGAGCCACCAUUCAGUACUGAUGAUGCAUAUGCUCCGGACAGUGGCAUUACAAUGGAGCAUACAGAGGAUUUAGACAAGACUUUAGAAGAAAGCACAGUGACUGCUCAAGAUGAAUUCCGACUUGAGGAAACUGAAUCAAAUCAGGAGAAGUCUGUCAAAGAAUUGAAUCCAGAUGUUACUGUGGAACAUACAGAGGAUUUAGACAAGACUUCAGAAAAAAGCACAGUUGGUCAAGAUCAAUUAGCCACUACAGAAAUGGAAUCUAAUCAGGAAGAACCAGUCAAAGAAAAUUUAGGUUUCAAAGUUAAUGGUGACAAAUUGGCAGACAAUUAUAUAACUAAGAAAUCAGAAAGUAGUGACACUAUGCAAAGUAAACCAGAAUCAUCUGUUAAGGAAACAGAACUCCUUGAGGACCACCAUACAGAGGAGAACGUCCAUGAGAAAGACACAGAGGGGGAGGAAGAAGAGGAGAAAGAAGAACUGCUUGAAGAUGAAAAUGCAGUUUCUUUUUCACAGUCGCAUCAAUUAGACACUGACCAAUCAUCACCUACAAGUCCACCCAGGACAUCGACUUCAGAAUCCCAGUACAGCGACAGUGUAAUCAGACUGACUCUGCUGCGAGGCCAUUUUACAGACCAGACCAUGAAGCGGCUUCAAACGUUUUUGGGUCUCAAGAACCUCUUCAAGGUAGAGUCAAUGUUUUCUGAUCUGGAAGCAGAGUUCCAAACGGUCCAUUUCUCUCAUUCUGGCAAUACUCAAGAUGUUGAAAAUGCACUUGAAAGCAUCCUGGAAGCCUCCGAGGACUCAAUCUUACAUGAGAUCAAGAAGAUGCUGGUUAACAAGACUAAAGAUGGUGAGGAUUACCCAAGUAAUUCAGAUGAAGAUGAAAUUUUGGAUGAAUUCCAAGAGCUUGCAUUCAGCCUACAUCAGAAAUACUCAGCGGCCAGUGACGGUACGCAUUUGCCGACAGAAAAGACACUGAAUAUCACCCAAGAUGAUGACAAAAUGAAUGUGGAAGCAGUAUCUGACAACCUCCCUGAGACUGAGGGGGAUGGCCGCAUCACCCAAACACAAGUCGAAGAAAAUCCAAUGGAGAUUAAAGUGGAUCAGAUGAUGGUGGAUGAAAUUCAUAGCGGAUCAGACGUCAGUGUGGCAGAUGAUAGCGGACAAUUUAACAGAAACAAAGAUAAUCAGCCAGGCUUCAGUGCACCAGAUGAAGUUAAGGAGCCAGAAACCAAUCUGGAAAAUCCCCUUGACAUGGGACUUGGUGUUGAGGCGGAACACUUGCAGUUAGGCUCUUUGGACUCUUUGGAACCUGGGUCUGAUGUUCAUGAAGAAUACUCUCAAGAUUUCCUCUCAACUGGAAUUGCACACAUAAUCAGCAUCAUUACAGUGAUCAAGACAAAAUUGGCAGAGUGGACUGCUGUGGUAAUUUCUCUGCUGCCGGAGGAGUGGAAGCCAGGGGAGAUGUUGUUUGGCUGUCCGUGGCAUGCUGUUGUCAUCACUGCUUUGGUCGGAGUGGUGACCUUCGCUCUCUUCUUCUGGAGGACUGUAUUGGCUGUAAAGAAGAGAGAGUAUCUCGUGGAUGAAAAAAGACUCAAAGAGCAAAUUCAGGCACUGAAAGAUGAGAAGAAGAAUGCUCUUACCAAGAUAUCUGAACUUCAGAAACAGAGUGAAAAACUGAAAAAGAGUCAAAAAGAAUCUGAGGAAACUAUCAGUUGUACAACAAAAAGGUUGCAAGAGUUGGAGCGUAAGGUUUUGGAGGCAGAAAUGCAGAAUAAAAAGGUGGCUAAGGAAAAGAACAGUUAUACAAAACUUCUUGAAGAAGAGAGGGUGAUCUCUCGGAAAAAUGAAACUAAGUUUGAAAACUUGGAAAAAUCCAUCGAGAAGCUGCAGUUUGGCAAGAAAAAGAUUCAGGAAACACUUGCUAAGACGACUGUUCUCCUGGAUGAGGCCAAGAUCCGUGAAGAGGCUCGAAAUGCUCAACACAAAUCCCUUAAGAAAGACCAUGAAGUACUAAAAACGGAGAACAAAACGCUUAAGGAUUCUAUAAAGGGCUGGGAGGACAAACACAAGGAAUUGAGUGAACAGAUUAAAGUCUAUCAGAACUCCCAGAAAGAGCUGGAAGACUCUGUGGUCCUCAAAGAUCACAAUGUGGAGGUGUUGUCUGAGCUCCUGUCAGACCUCGACGUGUGCGACAUGCAAAAAGGAGGCAGUGUUUUAGAAAACGGUGAAGUAGCUCCUGAUAAGAAGACCACCAUGAGGAACAGGAUUAAACAGAUGAUGGAUGUUUCCCGGGUCCAGACAACUCUGGCAGUAGUAGAAGAAGAACGUGAUCGUUUCAUGACUAAGCUGCUAGCGGCAGAAAAGACAAGAAAGGCGCUGGAAGAACAGCACCAGGAGUUGGAGCACGCCAUUGCAGCCCUUAAACGAGAGAAAAGCCACAUGGAAAACCAGUUCAAUAUCCUUCAGCAGAAAAAUGAAAUCAUGGUUGAAAUGUACCAACAGAAGGAAAAUGCUCUGCAGCAGAAAUUAACAAAGGAAGAGCUGGAGCGUCGCAGCAGGGAGAGUCUACUGUCUGAGGUGGGGGGGAAAGCACUCGAAGCUGAGGAGCAGGUCAAAGUCUUAAGACAGCGCAUCAAUGAAAUGGAGGAGCAGAUGAAGAAGACUGAAGAGGUUUAUAAAGAGCAGAUAAAAGAACAGGAAAACAAAACUCACUCCAACUGGGUGAAUGCUCGAAACGCUGAGCGAGCUCUCAAUCAAGAGAAGGCUGAGACGUCAAAGCUCCGAGAAAAGUUGGCUGUUCUCACUGCCCAACUAAAUGAUCGUCGUGCGCCUCUCUUCAGACCAAAUUCUGGGCAGCCACCAGGUCCACGCCAAGGUGAUUCAUACGGACCUUCUCCUGUGAGCGGGGGUGCACCAUCCCCCCCAGUAAUGAUAGAAGGUCCCAGGCGACCCCCCUCGGCGCCUGUGGGGCGAAGAAUUGACCCAUAUGGUCCACGACCUCCAUCAGACCCUCAUGGUCGUUACCCUGACAACACACACAUGCCUGGGAUGGAUAGGACGGGCCCCCGCAGCUCAUCCCCCGCCAACAUGGACGGACUUACAGGACCAGUAGAGCCGCAGAUAAAAGCUGAGACUCAGGCUGAGGCCUCCACAGAGAGUCCAGAGCCAGGACCUGGAUCCUUCAUCGCAUCUCCAAUUAGGGACUCAUCUGGCUCCAUGGUCCAAGGACCUCCUGCUGGCACCGGACCCCAUGACCCUCUCCUGCCUCCAGGUCCGAGCCGCCUACCUCCACCUGGUCCUUACAGACUUCCACGACCCAGCCCGUACCCUCUCCCACCUGGAAUGGCUGGACCACACGGUCCACUUCCUCCCCAUGGACCUCCUCUACCAGCAAAUGGCCACCCAGGCAUGCCUCUGCCUGCGCCUACAAAUGGACAUAUCUUUCUCCCCAGACCAGGUCCUGGACAUCCCUUUGAUCCUCGGGGUCCACCGCCCCCACACUUCCGUCCCCCUCCGCCUCCUCGUUUUGGACUGAUGCCUCCACAAGGUGCACGUGGCUCUGUGGGACCCCGUCCACCCGUCCCUCCAGACGCACGCUUCCUUGGACAGCGUGACCAAGUCAGCGUUCCAACAGGAGGCCCGCCCCAUCCUGCACAGGUUCCAGCUGAUGGCCCCCAAAGCACUGCAAGACCUCACGACUCUGGACAGGACCCGGCCCUGAAGCAGGAGGCCGUCCCUGCAAACUUAGCGAGGCCAGCCAUGGUCAAGCCUUAAAAAGCCACGGGCUCCGUCGGAACACUUGAAACUCCCCCCGUACCCAUAGUAACAGAAAUCACAGCCCUCGUGACAAUUAUUUUCAUAUUUCACUGCUAAAACAUUAAAAAAAAGUCCUUAAAGCAUCGAAAUGUCUAAUUGAUAUAAUAAGAUGCCACUUUUCUAUACAGUUAAAUGUGCAAUAACCAUUACUAUAUAACAGAUGUUUUUAUAAUUUUUUUGUUUUUAAGUGACUCAAGGGGCAAUUUUUUAAAUAUCAUUUCCUGUGGAAAUUGUUUAAGGAGGAAAGGUGGUUGAUUUAUCUUCUAACAUUUCAGGAAUGCCACAAUGUCCCCAAAAUGCAUUUCUUCACAGCGGACUGGAGAGCAGAUGUGGAAUUUGUUGGCCAGAUGUGUAAUUUAUUUUACUAUCUUGGUAUUACUUUUUAAUAAUAAAGAUUCUAAAAGCCA